UAUAACUACAGGCUACAGCUCCUCAUCGGCUCAAUCACCGAGUAACAGGCACAACGGUGAGCAUGAGCUGGUGGUGGGCAGGCGCGGUCGGCGCGGCCUGGAAGCGCCGGGGUGAUCGGGCCGCCUCGUCCGAGUCCUUCCAGUUCCAGAGCGUGGCGCUGGUCGUCGGCUCCACCGGCAUAGUGGGGACCUCCCUCGUCGACAUCCUCCCGCUGCCGGACACCCCCGGCGGGCCAUGGAAGGUGUACGCGCUCUCCCGCCGCCCGCCGCCGCCUUGGUUCCAGCCGCCGUCUCCCUCCGUGACUCACAUACAAGUAGACCUCACCGACUACUCCGCCGCCGCCGAGGCGCUCGCGCCGCUCACCGACAUCACCCACGUCUUCUACGUCGCCUUGUCCUGGCGCCCCACGGAGGCUCAGAGCAGGGAGACCAACUCCGCCAUGCUCCGCAACGUCCUCUCCGUCGUCGUCUCCAGCUGCCCAAGGCUCGCCCAUGUCAGCCUCCAGACAGGGACCAAGCACUACUUCGGCCGUCUCGGUUCCAAGACCCGCGUCCAUGACCCGCCCUACACCGAGGACAUGCCGAGGCUCGACAUCCCCGUCUUCUACUACGACCAGGAGGACAUCCUCUUCGACACCGUCGCCCGGCGCGCCGGCUGGUCCGUGCACCGGCCGAACCUCAUCUUCGGGUUCUCCCCACGCAGCGAAGCAAACGUCGUCUGCAGCCUCUGCGUCUACGCCGCCAUCUGCCACAAGGAGGGCGUGAAGCUACGGUGGCCGGGAUCCCGCGCCGCUUGGGAGGGGUUCAACAAUGGCUCCGACGCGGACCUCAUCGCCGAGCAACACAUCUGGGCGGCCGUCGACCCGAUGGCCAAGAACGAGGCGUUCAACUGCAGCAACGGGGAUGUCUACAGGUGGAAGCUGCUGUGGCCGGUGCUCGCCGGACGUUUCGGCUUGGAGUGGGCGGGGUACGAGGGGGAGGAGAACCGGUUCCAGGUCGCGGAGGCCAUGGCCGGUAAGGAGGCUGUCUGGGCGGCGAUCGUCACGGAGAACGAGCUCGUGGAGACGGAGGUGAACGAGGUCGCGAGUUGGUGGGUCAUCGACGCCGUGGCCGAUCAGUUCGGUCUCGAUCUGGAGAUUCUGGACAGCAUGAACAAGAGCAAGGAGCACGGAUUCCUCGACUUCCGGGACACGGUCAAGUCCUUCAACACGUGGAUCGACAGGCUUAAAGCUCAAAAGAUUGUUCCUUGAUGAUGCCUCGAUCGAUCUUCUGCUUAUCGAAUUGUAGUUUUGGUCAUGCUGCUGGGGCAUCUCGUGAAUUACCUUAGCUACCAGCCGCAGUUCGUCAUGAACUUCGGCGUUGUCUUUCUUUGCUAUGUUUUUAUCAGAUUGGCGAAUAGACAUUAAAGGGGAAAAAUUGAGGUUUCGGCAUUCUUGCUCCUGUUUUUGA